ACAUAAAACAUUCGAGAUAUUUCAUGUCAGAUUACUUGUUGCAUCGAUCCAGGGAACCUUGUAAAAUCCUCUCCUUACGUACAAGCCCAAGGUUGGACUCCUGUUGAGUCAGCUGAGACAAGCGGAUAACGUUCACUUUCUUGUGAAACCCAUUUUUCUGCACUGCAUUCUGGAGCCCUUGAGGAUGGUUUGCAGAGGGAGUUCACGGUGCCAUGUAUAAGGGACUUGGUGGUAGUUGUGGAGAGACUCGCAAAUCAAUGGGAGGUAACACGAUGGACGAAGAGGAUCGAGAUCCCAACAACCUAAAUCAGCAUCUGCAGGUGCAGUGGGACGACGUUAUUGGGGAGCCAGAAGGAAUUCGUAGUGUGGCCUGUGGCUGGCGUCUCAGUGGGUGGUGCUUUCGGAGUUCGAGGAACUGUUGCUACGUAUUCCUCUCCGUGUUACUAGCUCCUGUAACAGGCUUGUGCCUUGGGUGUACCUUCGCCUGUCUUGCCUUUCAGCACAUCUGGUGUGUCGCCCCGUGUCUGCGGGUAUGCAAGAUCUCCUGUGCAGCAACUAGAAACUUCCUUCAGGCAUGCACCCAUGCCACCGUCAUCCCAUUCACAGAAGCUCUCAGCUACUUCUGGUCAAGGAUCAGUGUUAAAAUGCAGAAGUUACCAGAGGCAACCACAGAACGCAAGGAAGACAUUCUACUUAUCUGAGUUAAGUCGGAACUUGUCUGUAAAUGGUCAUCAAGAACAGUAUAUUUCUUCUUUAUGCUAUAUCUACUCGUGUACUCGGCUAGAGCCUAAUAGUUCUUCAGAUUCGUGUGAAAUUUCGAAAGACGAUGGCAUGUGUUAUACAGUCAUGCUUAGAGGCCUUUAUCUGUGUCAAGAAUCAUAUGUGUGAAUAUUUCAGGUUCAUGUGCUUAUACUUUAACGCAUUAGUCAGCGUCUGACUGAAGUGUUAAAUAAGCAUGGAUGAAGUUGCCUCUCUCACAAUUAAAUAAAAUCUAUGAGAAAUCCCACGCUAGUUAAAUUAUAAAAUGAUUUGUAAUUUAUCACUUAGAGUCCCUGUAAGUUAUCCAUUAAGAGGAACUGAUGAUGAUGAUGACGGUGACUACGAUGAUAGGAGAGGGAUUACACCGAAUCCCUGAGUAGUUUUGUACUGCUGUCUAGAUUAGGUCUAUUGCGCAAGUCCCCCAUCAUGUAGAUCAUGAGGAUGAUAACAGAUGCACUGACUAGAUCGAAGUAAUUUAAGUCAUGAUCGAAUCAUGACUAGAAGUAUUCUUGGAGGGAAACUUUAACCAGUGUUACAUUGUACACCACAAAUCCCAUAUUCCUUUCGAAUUAAAUCCAGGCCCAGUACUUAGAAUAUCACAAUUUAUUGAAGCUAAAAUAAUUCGUUUUCUUUGGUAUUAUGUCCUCAUAAAUAAGUGCAUGUGUGUGAAAGAGUUCGGUGAAAUUUGCAACAAAAUAUGGUAGUAUGAAACCAUUUCUAAACAUUCUUGCAAGCGCCUUUUCUUAUUAAGUUCAAAAUUUAUCUCCCCUGGUCUCUUUAUGAGUUACUUCACACCGUUCUUAUGAUUCUUCUAAGUUUCUAAAAUGCUGCUAUUUAAAUUGUAAUGUUGUACAUUUCUUAACGCUAGUGACAUCUGUUGUAAUUUUAUCCACUUGUAAGGACAAUAAACCUCCUCUAAUCUGCAUUUAUUUCACAAUUAUAUAAAUAAUAAGAGUGUAAAUAAGCUGGUCACAGUAGCCGAG